UGGUGCCAGUUCCUUCUUCACAACCAAAGCAACCCAGUUGCUGCCGUCGACAUUUCAGUUUGUCUGCCCAAUCGCCGGCAGGAUGUGUGCGUCCGAAAUUUCGACCGUUAAAACGAUCGCCCAAAUCAACGACGAAACGCGCAACUUUAUCCUGGUCGGGGUCGUGAUAGCGAAAAGUGAUCCGCGCUAUUUCAGCGGCCACCCGAAAGGGCGCGGACCGUUCGAGGCGGAUUCGACCACCGCGGACACAUCGCACGAGACGGCCCGGGGCGUUCUCACGCUAACGUUGCGCGAUUCGAACCGUGACACCAUCAACUGUACCGUGUGGGGUAAGGCGGACACUAUCAUCCACUACGAUGGUGCGUUUGCCAUCGGGGACGUGAUCGAUGUGAACCGGCCGCAGGUUGCUGCCUCGAUGUUUGGCCGUUCCGAGCAGUACUCGCCGACCGUUACCUCGCCGUACUGUCUCACGGUAAACGACCAGACGGUUCAGGGGGCACAGAUAACGCGCCACGACGGACCGGCACAGGAGCUGCAACGGUUUCGGGCCCUGCUGAGGGUGCCGCUGGUGCAGCCGGGCGAAACCAUCCCGCUGGCCGACAUUGUCGCGAGCGGUUCCGGCUGCAAUGGGGAAACGUUCAACGUGCUCGUUGUGGUGCGUGCGGUACGCGCCAAGCGGGAUGUUCGAGUCGCCCGCAGCAAUCAGGUGAAAACGUUCCGUGAGGUAAUCUUGAUGGACGGCAGCCACGGUGGGGUGCUGAUGAAGCUUUGGUCCGACAGCUACAUCCGGUGGUCGGAGCAGUGGGUACCGCUCAAGACGACCCUGCUGAUCGUGGAUGCGCGGGCCGAGUUUAACGCGUACUACAAAACCAUCUGCCUGGCGGUGGACCGGAAGACGAUAAUCACGCAAGAACCGGCUGUACCGCAGCUGGCGAGCCUGCUCAACCACGCCAGGAGCAUCCCAACGCAGGAGAUCGAUGUCGUAUGCUCGCUAGCGUCCGGUUCCGUGGAUCCAUCAACCAUAAACACCGUAAUGACGGUGCAGCAGAUUCUCGACCGUACCGAGGGUGAUCUGGUGCAAGAGGAGGACCAAUUUACCGCCCUUUGCUACGCCGUUAUAACUCGCUUCGAUCUCGACGGUUGCUCGCGGCUCGUUAGCGAACGGUGCGCUCAUUGUCGGUCGCUGGUGCGGGAGCCGAAAGGGACGUGUGGAAAGUACGAUUGCCCAGGGCAGACGACGGCACCCGAUGCUCGGGAGCCAUUUUUUGACAUCGCGGUCGACGUUACCGAUCACACGGGCACGCUGACCGGCUGCCGGAUGGCGAGCCGUGUGGCUGAAACCGUGCUCUGCUGCGAUGUGGCCACGUUUCUGCGCCAAACCGACACGCAGCGGACGGUGCUGAAGUGGAAGUAUCUGCUCGAUCGCUGUGCGGUACGGCUGAUUGUGAAGCGACGGUCGGCGGUACGGUUUCAGCAUCUGUACUCCAUCGUCGACUGUGCCAUCGCGGACCCGGCCGAGGUGGAGGCUAAGCUGAAGGUUUACUGAUGACGGCAUUAAUCGAAAUUGUUUCCUUUUUUGUAUUACGCUUUGUAAUAUUGAACUAUUGAUUACAAUAUAUAUAAGCCUGGUUGGAAUACGGAGUUUCUACGAUUUUAC